CACAAACUAGACAAACAUGGCGAAGUUAAGAAAAAGUGGAGGAUUUAUUAUUAUUCUUAUGUUUCUGGGUAUGAUUUAUGUAGAGAUCUACACAAGACAGGUUACUUUCAAUCUCGCUAUUCCUGCAGAACAAAAGAUCAAGAAUUCAGAUUGUUUGAUUGAAACCCCGACUUCUUGUCUGCUGGCUCUGAAAAAAAAUAAAGAUCCUAGUUUAAACCAAACAUAUUGCCAUGGAUCCCUGGAUAAAGAACUUAUCUGUGAUAAUAUGGCCAGGUCUGUUGUAAAGAGUAGCUGUGAGACACGGUUAGGAAACCAAAUCGUCGUCUUCGCAACAUUUUUGUAUAUGCGGAAGAAAGGGUUUGUACCGUAUCUCUCAUCAUUUCAAUAUAAUCUACUAAGUGAAACCUUCAAUAGUUCUUACUUCACAGUAGAAAAAGGAGUAGAACAUUUUGAGACUUACAAACCUCCGAGAAUACCAAUUUAUGAGAGCGAAUGGGAUACCUGGCAUUAUCAUUUUCAUCAGUUUGAGAAAGAUGUUCAUAAAUACAGAUACAAUCAAUAUUUAGAUAUUGGAGAGGAGGUACCCUGGAUGGGCCCUAACUGUGUUUGGAUUCAGCUUGAAGUAUGGAAAGAACUCUCCUUGGAGCUGGUUUACAGAGAUGAUAUAGUUGCUGCUGCUAAGAUUGUAAGACAAGACCUUCUUAAAAAAAUUAGGAAAGAGUACUCAUUGGAGGAGAUAAUAUUUGUUGGUAUACACGUUCGAAGAACAGAUUUUACUGAAAAGGGAAUAGGUCUCAUUCCUGAGUCGAUGUACUGGUUUCAAGGAGUGGAUAAGAUGUUUCUUCUUCAUAGCAUGAAUAUUUUUAGAGAACGAUUUGACGACUCCCAGCAUAAGUCUGUGUUCCUAAUGUUGAGUGAUGAUGCUGACUGGGUUAAAAAUAAUUUCCUUCAUCUACAUGAUGUUUUUCUUCCAGUUCAUAAUCACAACUUACCGGAAAACCAGCUCCCAGGCCUGGAUAUGUAUCUUCUUAAGUCUUGCGACCACACAAUAAGAACAUUCGGAACAUUUGGAUCUACAGGAGGUCUUCAGGCGGGGGGUAUAACAGUUUACCCAAUACAUAAAGAUAUAUCCUACAAAUUCUACUUCCCGGAGGAGGUGUACUGGAGAAACUUUGAAACAUUAUCUGACACUUCGAGAGUAUCCCGGAGUAUUCCUGUAGAAAUAUCAGGUUUCGUGGAGCAAAUUUUAAACCAAACACAACAGAGCAACUAGAACAGCCAUACUAGCUAGAGCAGCUAGAGCAGCUAGAGCAGCCAGAGCAGCUAGAGCAGCUAGAGCA